AUGGACCUAACUGAUCUUGACCUUGCCUGUUUCGAUGUGGAAUGUGCGGUGGAAACGAUCGGAUCCUCAGCCUACGCCAUCCUGUCAAUUCUGGCCCGUCUCCAGAGUGCCCCGGAUCUGGUCACGGAAUAUGCAAAGUUCACCAAUGUGCCACCAGACAUAGCAGAGCUGAUUCUCUCCAAUGAAUACCGCCAGCUUUACGACCGACACACCCGGAGCCUGAUCGUUACCAUACCGGGCCGACCCCACGAUGCCCUCGUGGGUGAGCUCCAUCUAGUAAUGGCUGUCUCUCUUGCGAAUAUGCGAAGAACGGAAUGGUCGCUCACAACUGCACGGGUAGAAGGAGGCAUUUGCGCCAAAGAACCAGAUGGAUCAUGGAUUCCCCGAGAACUUCCUCCGGGUCGAAGCGAAAAGUGGCCCACAGUUAUUCUGGAAGUCGGAGUCUCUGAGGCUAAAAAGAAACUGCGAGCGGAUGCGGACUGGUGGCUGGCGAACUCUGAGGGGCAAGUGCAUGUGGUAAUCACUAUAGCGGUCAGUCGGACUGUGCCUGAGGUCACGUUUGAGACCGUUGUGCUUGAGCAGCCGCCUACAUAUAUCAUGGGUCAGCGUCGAUAUGUGACACAGGUCCGUCAGUCAAUUGUGGUCUUCCGGCCACCGGGUGGACCGAUUACCGCGGUACCUGAUAUCUCUCCACUCAUCAUUACCUUGCAACAGGUGCCGGAGACCGACCCAGUGAUUCCUAUUCCCUCCCUCGAGAGUAUUGCGAGUGCCGCAUGGCGUUGGCAAGAACUUUGA